GUUCCAGGUUCAAUUUUUUCCCGCAGGAAUGUUUAAGGCAAUUAUAGCGGCGUUGGUGAUCGGUUUUCUAGCCUUGGGAUUCAAGUCCAUCCGCCCUCCGCCUCCCAGUAUCUGUGGCUCCCCGGGUGGUCCACCCAUUACAGCACCUAGAAUACAACUUAAGGAUGGAAGGCAUUUGGCCUACAGGGAGCACGGCGUGCCAAAGGAAAUGGCCAAGUAUAAGGUCAUUUUCUUUCACGGGUUUGGUUCUGGAAAACACGAUGGAUCAAUUUUACCACCGGAGACAGCUGAAGAAGUAGGGGUGUACCUUGUGUCUUUUGAUAGACCAGGAUAUGGGGAAAGUGAUCCGGAUCCAAAGCGAACUAUGAAAAGUAUAGCUUUUGACAUUGAAGAACUUGCUGAUAAGUUGGGACUUGGAUCCCAAUUUUAUGUGAUUGGUUAUUCCAUGGGUGGACAACUGGUUUGGGCUUGCCUGAAGUAUAUUCCUCACAGGCUAGCUGGAGCAACAUUAAUUGCUCCAGUUGUGAAUUAUUGGUGGCCUGGUUUCCCAGCAAAUUUAUCUAAAGAAGCCUACUACGAACAAUUCCCCCAGGACCAGUGGACAUUGCGGAUUGCUCACUAUCUCCCUUGGCUUACCUACUGGUGGAACACUCAGAAAUUUUUUCCCUCCUCUAGUGUUAUAGCUGGAAGGCCUAAAUUCUCCGAACAGGAUGUACAACUCAUUACCCAUCUUUCUUCAGCGAAUAUGCAGAAGGUGAACGUCAAGCAACAAGGAGAGUUCGAGUCCCUCCACAGGGACCUGAUGAUUGGGUUUGGGAGCUGGGAAUUUGAUCCCUUGGAUCUCGAGAAUCCUUUCCUUGACAACAAAGGGUCUGUACAUCUGUGGAUGGGGGAUUCAGACGGGCUGGUGCCAGUAACGCUACAAAGGCAUAUUGCCGGAAGGCUUCCAUGGAUUCACUACCACGAGGUAUCAGGUGGGGGACACUUGUUUCCAUAUGCAGAUGGAAUGAGAGAAGCCAUCUUUAAAACACUCCUAUUUGGUGAGAAGUAGAUUUUCUCGAGGUUAAUUCAGUUUUUGUUUACAACUUGGUCAUGUAUUAUGAUGUAUGAGGAUUAUACUAGCAGGCAAUGCCUCUAUUCGAGCUUUCGAUUAUUUAUUAAUCGAACACUAUGUUCAGUA